AUGUUCCUCCAGCGCUACGUGCACGUGGUCCUGGACGCUGUGCUGGGCAGCUACGUCAAGAACAUUGACCCCAAAGCUCUCCAGAUCAGCGUAUGGAAUGGCAAAAUCGAGGUCGAGACCGUGGAGCUCCAGCCGGACGCGUUUCCACUGCCAAAGCAGAUGCGACUCGUCAAAGGGACUCUUCGACAGCUCCGCAUCGACCUUCCGUGGACAAACUUGGCCAGCCAACCCAUUCGCGUCGAUAUACAGGACAUGAGUCUGCUACUUGAGGUCUGUGCGGACGACCGCGCGGCGUCUGACGCUGCGGAAGUGACACCAGAAGAGCUGCGACGCGCAGCGAGGAAGAAACAGCAGAAGCUGCAGCGCAAACGUGCGGCCAUUGACGCUGUCGAGAAGGCGACGGAGUUCAAUGAACAAAACAGUACGCAGACGGCUGUGGGCCAGAGCUGGACGCAGAGCUUUCUUUGUAAGCUGCUGGUCAAGGCACUGGACAACGUGCAGGUGCACGUGCAGCAUCUGCAUGUGAGGAUGGAAGACGCAGUGUCGGAUCCCAAAUGCCCCUACGCCGUAGGUAUGACGCUGGAAUCCAUCAUCAUCAAGUCGGCGGACGAGGGCUGGAACUACACGAUGGUUGGUCGGGGCGCUUCCCUGCAGCACGGCAUGUCGUUCAUUCGAAAAAAGGUGGACGUCAACAAGUUUGGCAUCUACUGGUCCUUGCCGUUGGUGCCAGUGCCUGAAACAGCGUUGAGUGAUGCGGAGGCAUUUGCUGCGUUGAUGACGAGUAAUUUUGAGCCGAUAAAGAAGAAAAACAAGUCGCAAGUGGUGGAGCCAGUGCUGCCUCCUCUGGCAAAAAAGAGCGGACCGCAAGACACGGCGGGACCAGCGCUCUUCAAAUCGAUUGACUACCUCGUGCACCCGCUAACGGUUUCAAUGAAACUGACUGUGAACGACGGUGAUGCGAAGUUGCCCAUAACACAUCAAGAGCUGAGUGAGCGUGUACUGUCGAGAAUCGGGACGUCAUGGAUGGUGGAAACCAUUGAUGCCAUUGGCGAUGACGCGUGGAACGACUUUUUGAAGACCAUGCCAAAGUUGGCGGGAGAACGCAAGUAUACGCUGGGUUUUGUGUUCUCGGAAGCGUGGUCGGUGGCAAGAGAUCUUACGGAAGAGGAAGACGAGAUUCCAUCGGUGUUACAUUUCAAAAGAGCUCUGUCAAGCUGCAUGCAAUGGUCUUUGGAAGAGGUGAAUCGCGUUGAGCAGUGUAUUGUCAAAUAUCGUGAGGCGGUCGUUCACGUGAUGGAAGAAAAGAGUACGUACAUUGAUGCCCAAGCUAGUAUCGAUCAGAUCAAUACUUCGCUGCACCGUCAGCAGUACCUGAGUGCACUCUCCUUCAUUUCGUUUUUCACUGUAAUGCGUCGUCAAACUCGGUACCUCGCGUUGCGUCCGGAUCGAAUUCGUGUGAGAAACAACCCGAGAGCAUGGUGGAGAUAUGCGAUCAAUGCUGUGUUGCUGGACGUCCGGGAGCGUUUAGCUCACGUGGAUUGGGAAGCACUAGAAAAGAAGCAACGGCAAAAAGACCGGUACAAGGCAUUGUGCAUUUUAGUGGAACACAGUGCGACUGCUGCAGCCACACUCGUUCCGAUGGACGUGCGCUUGAUGUCCAAAGAAAUGGCACGCAGCGAGCUAGACGACCUGGAAUAUGUUAUGGAUGUUCAAGAAUUGAUCAAGCUUCGUCGAACUGUACGAAAGGAAAUCGCCGACAAGGAAAAUGAGAAGCAGAUUCUACAGAGCAAGGGCGAAAACAAUCACAAGGGUGGUGGGCAUCUCCAUCUAGAUUCUGAAGUUUCCACUGGGUCGCGUCUUUGGUCGUAUGCCACAUGGCUUACAGGUGCCGGAGGAGCAGCACAUGAGUCAGGCACUCAUGGUGCUGGAGGGGUGAGGGCGGAGGAUGUGAAAUGGAGUGAACAAGACGCUAACGAUCUUUACGAAGCGAUCGAUUUUCAUCCUGACGGAAAGAAGGAGAGCAUAGAUUCGAGCAGCAACGAGAUCGAAGAUGUGGCUGGACGAGAGAAGCAGUAUCUACAGAACCACCAGCAUAUCUUGUAUCGCUUUCAACUUGCCCUACAUCGGGCCAGCUUCGAGCUCAGCCUUGAGAAUGCCCACACCGAUGCAUGUAGUCAAAAAGGAUCGACCAAAGUGGAGACACCCUCAUCAUCGUGCCUGACGGCUUCGCUAGAUGACGUCGAGAUCCAGUUCUUGGUAAGACCGUCAAGUUUAGAAUUGGGCCUUCAAUUACGCGACGCUUUGUUUUGCCAGGGCCCUAGGCUGCCAAUUCACGACGAGUCGUCACCAGGAAAGCGAUCUACGAGUUUGUCUGGAAAAGGCUUUUUCCUCCAGCGGAUGGAUAUCAACGAGGUAGUAGAAUACCAUCCAGUCGGAGUGCAGGAUCAAAUGAGUAGCGUGCGACUUCGCCAUUGUGAGAAAGAGCUACCUUUGGUGCAGCUUAGUAUUGAAUCCGUGCGCCAGUGUAACACUGGAAUGGCAUCAGACGCAAUGAAUGCCAACGAAGAUGACGUGCAGAUCACAAGCGAUGUCGCACUGCCUGCUCACCUACUUAUUGUGUCUCUCGUGACACAGCCAAUUCGAUGCAACGUGAAUUUGAUGUUCCUGCUGGAUGUGGUGGCCGUGUUUUCUCGCCCAGUGAACGUAGAUCUAUCCGGACUUGAGCACAGUGCGUGGAAAAAAGCGCAAAGUUUGCAACGUUCUAGUGCUGCUCAGCUGCGGGAUGCACUGGCCCGGAGGACGAUGGUUGAAGUGCGCCUGGACGUGAUUUCUCCUCUGAUCAACAUUAUUCAGGCAACAUUGCCGGACACUGGAGUUUCAAAUAGUGACGAGGUGAGUCUGUUGGUUUUUCUUGGUCAUUUGCAGGCACAAACGAAACACCCGGGCGACGUCAUAAACGGAAGCAGAAUACCGAAAGAGCUGGGUGACUACAAGAUGGGAACAAACGCGAGCCAGAAAGCUGCUUUGGCCCCGUCGGAGGAAAGCCUGUAUGACGUUCUCGAGAUCAGCGUUUCUGGCAUUGAAGUACAAAUUAUUGAUGGUGAGAACAGCAGUGGGGGUAACAGGGUGUUUCUAUCUCGAAUCCACUCUCGCAAGAAGUCUGCGUGGCAAUACUUGCUGGAAAAGACGUCUCUGACGUUCAACUUUUACAUGAGCGUCACGCCAGACGACCCAAGCAUUCCUCUUCUAAAGCUAUCUGGUGGAGUCGACCAAGUCAAGCUGAAUUUAUCCGCGACAAGUUUCCGCUCCUUAGUGCAGCUACUGCAUUCGUUUGGGGAGAACCUCUCACUUUAUGCUAAGCGCCGCAUGGGAAGAAAUGUGACCGCCGCCGCCGACACUACAGACCACCCCGCCCGCGGCACUGGGUAUCUAGCAACAGCUGCUUCACGAUGCAGCAAGCCGACACUCAUGCGGAAAGCUCUCUCUUACAUCAGGCCCGAGGAUGCCGAUUUGUCCAACAACAAUUCGUGUGGAAGAUUCACUACUGCGUCCGACAACAGUCCUUACACAGGUUUGGCACACGGACUUGCAAGAAAUUUUCAACUCGAGCGACAAAAGACAUUUAGAGAAAAGGAAAUCGACGACAACGACUUGCUCAAGCUGUGGAAACGUGUGGUUUGUCAGCUUCAGUUCGGAAUAGGUAAGAUAAUUCUCACGUUGCAAGUCCGCGAUCGAGGAAAUGGCUCCGGGAAAAUCGUGCGAGUACUUGCAAUCGAUAUAAGCACACGAUUGCAGGUACGGUCUUACGAUAGAAGGCUAGACUUUGCACUUGGUACACUCUUGGUGGAGGACAUUCUUCUCUCGAGGUCGUCUUCGUCGUCAAAAGUGGUGGAAACAAAGCGGUUUCUCAUGAAAUCGGGAAACCACGAAGUAGUAACGGAUCCAGAACGAAAGUCAGCGGAGGAACCUGUUCUACCUCCCUCUUCGUCGGAACAGCUGAUCCAUGUGGCAAUCACAGGUAUCGCUUCCGACGCUGUGAUGCUGAAGGACAAACAGCUAUGGAAGCGUGUCCGACACUCAGCACUUUCGUCGUCUUCUGGCAAGGACUCCGUUUGGCAAGAUCCGCUUAUCACUGCACUAUCCGUCGAUGCUAGCUUGCGAGUAUUGAAGGUUGACGUCUACCAAGACACUCUCGCAGACGUCUUCGUGUUCUUUUUCGGACAAAGCAAGGAAGACGGGGGUGCUCAAAAACAGGCUUUGCGCCCACCCCUUCUGUCGUUACGAAGCAUCAGUGAGGGAAGCACACCUGGCAGAAGUAAAGUAGCUGCCAGCGUAGACGAGCAAACUGUUCUGUCGCCGGUGGAUGAUGAGGUAAAUGAAAAUACGUUUUCGAGGAAGUUGGGUGUGUGGGUGACAUCAUCGUUCUUAGACAACCAUCUUGGCGCCAGCCCUAAGAAGGAAGACGAGCAACAAGCAACGGUGAAUAACGGCUGUGGCAGCGUCGAGGAAAAUCGGCCAGCCUCGAUGCAGUCUCGCCUUCAUGUGGAAGGUUUGUCAUUGUAUCUUCAUUUGGAUGACAAACAGAGACCGGAAGGGAUGCCAUCAGCGUUUGCUAGUUUGACUGCACAGCAAUUCUGCUGCUGUGUACAGCGGUUUCCACUUUACAUGAGCAUUUUUGCCUACCUGAACUCAUUUAAAAUCUACGAUGUAUCACAAUCGGAUCAGCAUUUUAGUGAGAUCGUUUCUCAUGGAAUCCCAUCCGCUAAACGGAGCGACGAUAAAGUGUGGAAUACUCGCGAUGCUACGUGUGAAUACGAUGGCGAUAUUGCAGUAGGUCAUGUUCCAACACAGUGCGAUAUUCUGAACCUGCUUGAUCAUGUCCCUGCAGUGUUUUCGUGCGCUAUGCAGUCUUAUGGUGUGGACACUAUCCAAGAAGCGUGGCAUCCAGGCUACAGUAGCCGGUACACUGUGCGUCUAAAAUCGCCGCGGAUCCGUUUUCUCUACAGUUUCGUCGAUGAUAUGUGUAACUACUGGAUGAAGGGCGUUCUGUUGACGACAGUACAGUCAAUCUUGUCUCGUGAGCAGACGGAUACACAUUGGGAGGGCGACUUUCAGCUUGCCGGGAUCCAAGGGAGUCCAGCACUCCAGGUGGGUGACGAAAGGGAGGAAGAUGCGAAAUCACAAGCAUCGUCGAGUAAGUUGUCGGGUCCUGAUGUUGUGUCGAUGUUCCCGCUCGUCGAUAUUCACCUGGAAGAUGCUGUGUUGGAGAUGCCCCCUCAUCGUAUGUCAUUGGAAUCGCUGUUAGUACGGUUUGACACAUUCCGGGCAUCCAACAAAGGCAUUGCUGAUAGUUUUCUGGGCAUGGAGAAUCGUGUUGUGGCAAAAGUGCUCUUAAACUCGUCAUUGAAGCAGCUGCAACUGGACAUGAAAGCGCUUCGGAUUGUUUCAGUUAUUUUCAUGGAACGCAAUGAUAUGGAGAAGCGUUUGGAAAAUGGUGGGCUCAUAACGCAAAGUUUGUUAGGACUUACGAACUACUCACUGUCCGUAGAUUUCCGCUCACACGUAGACAUAAAGGUGAGCAUGUGUUGUAGCCCUGUUCGCUUGGUUUGCAAUCAAGAUCAAUACGCGUUCGUGUUGAGAGUACCUUUCCAGAACUACCGUGAACGCACCCGGUACAGUUUCUAUCCAGAGUCUGAAACACCAGUGAAAGUUGCAGCGCGCGUUUCUUCUCGCCGAUUCUUCUUACAUCGCAAUGUCGACGGGCUUUCAUCGUCGUCUGGGAGGGCUGUAGAGGACGGUGACGAAGCAAGCGACGGAACGAGUGCGUCUGGGGUUCCAGAAGUUAUAGCAGACCGCCACAUCAUGCUCAACCUCCAUGUUCCUGAAGUUACGAUGGAAAUCUUGCAAGGGCAGCGCGGCUAUCAUCCCUCGAGCAGUGGUGAUCUUGACAUGGCCGAGAAGAGCAAAAUGAAUGACGCUUCAAUAUGCCUGCUAGCUCUCUUUGUAUUGUCAGCACGCGCCGAUUUAGUCAAUCAAAGACUGACGGCCGAUGUUGACUUGGAAGGUGUUCACAUUCGAGAUUCGCGGGUACAAUCGAAAAUGUCAGCCUCGUACCGUGAUGUUGUUGUGUUUGAGCGGUGCAAGAAUGGGUUGCCGAAAGUAAUCAAGCUUCAGCUGGUGCGCGAAAGCUUUGAUGUGGACGUAUCGACGGUAAGUUUCGACCCGCAUGGAAAGAGGUUGCAAGCUUCUAGAACGCGGUUCCGGAGCGCCUCGUCUAGAGCUUCCGUAGGACUAUUCGGUUCAGAGCUCUCUCUAAGACGAACCGAUUCUGAAAUUUCUGCCCACUCGUCGAUCUCGUCGACGGUGGCAAACCGUGGCAUGCAUACCGACAGAUCUAUCGAAAAGGAGCCUCCUGCGCUAGUUGGAGUGGAGGAACGAAUUGAGUUGGUGAUUGAUGUAGCAGGGUUUAAGGUCAUUCCAUCCAACAUUCAUUACGACCUGAUUCGGUUUUUGACAUCGCCUCCGAGCUGGGGUACAGAAGACGUCAACUCUGUGAGUAGUCGAGGUACUGAGGAGAAGGGAAGGACUGACUUGGAUGAAACAACGGUGGUGCCGCCAACAUAUCGGCGGAUUCGUUUGGAGCUGAACUUAGGCCCAUCCGCGUUUCUGUUUGUGGAAGAUCCUCACAAACUCAAAUCUCGAGCAAUAGUGCUGUCAUGGGAGUCGUCAUUGAUUCUGAACUAUCUCCGCCAAACAAAUGAAGAUGAAUGCUCGCAAGUCGAAGGCAUCAGCAAAGAGUAUCCUGCACACAGCCGUAACCAGUUGCAGUUUUGCGUUGCUCUCGAAAAUAUAUACGCAACUUCGCGAUUGUCUGAGGAAAGCAUCUGGGCAGCUGAGCAAGCUGCAACAGCGGCAUCUGCUGAUUGCUUGAAGCCUAUCGGCAUGGAGAGUGUAUUCCAAAUCGACCUUCGCUCUCACUUUCUUCGUUUUCAAACUACAUUCGACCGCGUGAUGGAGCUGCGCUUUGGCUAUUUGGAUUUUUGCACGAUGCUCGCAGCUUUCGAGCAUAUUCUACGCAGGCCAUCAACAGCCAGUCAGUCAAGUGCUCAUGGGGGCCAGAAUCGGCGGUCAAUGUCCGGCUCGUCCAUAUCGUCGCUUUCAGGUGGGGGCGCGGAUAGCGAGACUACGUCGUGGAGUGGGCGUCGACAAUCUCCGUCGUCCCCGCGUUCGAACCUCGCACUCUUUAUGUCAAGGAAACGUGAGCGGCAGUGCACCGCUGCUCUCUACGGUACUUCUCUGAUCUACUUGGUGUCCGCGAGUUUCCGUGGACGUCUGGAGACACGGCCAGUGGUUGGAUUCUACAACUCGACAUGGCGCAAGCGGUACCUUGUCUUACCAUACACAGCACAGCAGCGUCAACUGGUUCAAAGUGUGGCAUUUCGGAUAUUGCCAGCAUCCGAAAGUCGACGGCAGAUUGGCGACGAGGUAUACUACGGUGAUAGAAUAAUCUUGGAAGCUGUGGUCGCUACAGAUGGGGACAACACCGAGGGGAAGUCUUCAAAAGACGCUUUGCUUUCUAAAGAGGAAACAUCUGAUGCAUCACCCACCGCCAGCAAGGACACAGCAAAGCUACCACAUUCCACUCUGAUUCAGAAGUACGAUCAGCUUGGUGCCAAUGGUUACCUAGGCCCUGAAGGGUCUGCUGGAGUGUUCGAGACCACGAUAUGGAAGCAUGGAAGCACAAUGUUUAACUCAGACAAGAGUGUCAUUUACGACCGAGAGCUCAUCGUGUUUGAGGAGGUCACGAUAUAUCGCUCGUUCAGUAAAGGCAAAACCUUUGGCGCAUCAAAUGAUGCAGGACAGCAAACGGAUUUCAACUCCUCUCGAUCAGGGCAUCAAGCUGAGGGUGCCCACACAGUAGACGCAACAAGCGCGCGAGGCGGUGGUUAUCUGAUGUUCAAUGGUGUUGGCGACGCACCCAUUCCGUUCGCAUUAUCAAUCGUAUCGGGCACAUCUGGAGCUGAAUCCUCACGGCGCGAGAAAAACGGUCUACCUGAUGCGGAUGAUGUACAUAGUGCUAGCGAAGCCCCUGAUUCGUUGGAUGAUGCUUCAGACCCUGCGCACGUUUCGGGCGAGACCCCAGCGGCCUCGGCAAAAUCUGGGAAGAAAAAGCGCAAAUCGCUUUUCGCGCAUGCCUCGUUCCUUGACAAUUUGAAAAUAUUGGAGUUUACGCUUCCAGGUGUGAACGCGACAAUCGUAAAUGACUUUCACAACAUGCUACUGCCGCUGCUUCAUUUCCGUGUGGCGGCGCUAAAUGCAGACAUCAGGGGAAGAUUGGAAUACAAAUUUACAGCGUUGACAAGUCUGCGUUUCGGGAUUCAAGCUUACAACUCUCAACUGGCUGUUUGGGAACCCGUACUAGAAGACUUUGAGAUGAAUAUGGCAUAUCAUGGAAUGGGCGGUGUAUUGUGCGACUAUUGCAUGUCAGAGAGGCAAUCAGUGUCUCCUACUGGUGCCGCGCUGCGCUGCGAUGGUAUGCCACUGUGCCUUUUCCGCUCUUCUCGAACCGAAGUGUUUACCAAUGCGGCCGCGCAUUCAUGGGAAUCCAAGAACUACAUUUAUCGUGAGCUAUUGGAGCAGCCUGACGUCCAAGAUGGUGCCAAGUUGGCAAACGCCUUCAUGAUUGUAGCAAAAGAUGACUUCAAUAUCAACGUCUCGCGGAACGUGAUUAACGUGCUAGUGCACUUCUUUGCACUGGUGACCGAAGUAACUGCAGCAGACGAGGCCUUAUCAUCGCGCCUCGGGCCGUUCAUCUAUGUGGAUAAUCAGUCCGGAAUUCCAUUUGUUGUGGCAACGCAUCCUUUGUCAUCUGCCGCUGCAAUAAAUACAGCUAGGGGGGCGUCGUCUUUGUCCCGGAGGCCGACGGGAUCAAUUGAAAUGCCUACUGAUGUUCCAGGUGCUGACACCAACGACGAAAUCAUGAAGGCAGGGACAGCAAUGUUCAACAGCCUCGCUUGGAGUCGUCGCCGGCUAUCAACAAUGCUGAGCGACGUUUCUUCUGCAGAUACGAAGUGGAUCCGAGUCGAAAGCGGGGAGCGAGUUGCUACGGAAAUCGUAGCACAUGAGGCACCAGCAGGGUGUGUUACAUCACCGCUACGUCGUUUGUUGUGGCUAAAGCCGCAGUCUCACUCGCAAGGAAUAACCUCUUCAAAGGCGAUUCCUGUGCCGAUCGGAUAUUCAAAUCGAAGCUAUCUUCAUCUGGAGAGCAGCGGCAAGCAACACGAAUCAUGGCAUGGAGAAAGCAUUAUUUGUGAGACAGUUGCGGAACAGGGCACACUCGUGCUGCGGCUUCGAGGGAAGGUGCAGCUGACGAAUUUCUAUGAUAUACCGAUCCAAAUCAUCUACAACGAUCAGCGGGAGGAGACAAUCGAGCCUGGUGGUAUGGCAGCCCAUUAUAUUCCCAUUCAGUAUCUUGAUUCGGGGAGCAUCGCAUUCCGUCCACUGCUGUCCAACGGAAAGGUUCAGCGUUCGGACGCUCUUUCAAUCGCAUCGCUAUUGCGUUCAAAUGACUUCACAUGUUGUGGUCGCUCAAAGCGCCGUCAGAAUGUAGGAUCUCUUGAACUACGAAAAGCGUUGACUUUUUACUGGGAUGUCCAUCCAAGCACUGACGUAGAAGAUGGUGCAGAUGCUACGUUCGAUGUGUCAUUGCCACCGUUCCAAGUGAUCCUUACUGCAUUGCGGAAGUCGGAACGUCACGAGACAACAAUAACAUUACGACCACCAAUUGUUUUGGAGAACCUCGUGCCCUACGAACUCUCCUAUCGCACGGUGUGCAUGAAAUCGGAAGCCGAAGUCGUGUGGGUGGCAAAAAAUGCAACUUCUUUUUCAGGUGCAAACGGGAAGGUGCCGUCUGGAAGCACUGCUUGUCUUGCAGAAUUGGAUAUAUUGGAGCGAGAUUUGAAGAACGGAGAAGUCGUGCAAACACCGACAGUGGUCGGACUGAGCCUUGCACUUCCACAGAUCGAGCUGCGAAGAUUCUCAUGUUGGUCGAGCGACGCGUUUAUUUACGGCUGUCAAUCGUUUUGUGAGCGGAUCGAAUUGAAUAUGCGCGAUGACAGUGAAGCAGAAGCUCCCACGAUUGCAAAUAAACUUACUAUAUGCGUUGAGGUUACACAGCUGGAAAAGCUACGGUCCCGAUCUCUAAACACGCUCUGCCCAGUCGUAUGCCGAGUGUUCACCGAGUACUGGCUGAUCGAUCGGACGUCACUGUCGCUCGCAUUCUAUACUGCAGAUGAUUACCUUAUCCCAUCCAACCAUCCAAGCCGACUGUAUGAGGGCAAUGAAGACGCUGACGAUAACUCUUCCGCUGUGUCGCUGUCGGUAUUCUCGUGUGAGAGCAAGCAAGUUGUAUCAAAAAUGAAGAUCGGCAUCAAGGGGGACGCAGGCGAGCGUGAAGUGCAAUCCGAACCAUUCGACAUCAGUGCUGUGGGAGUACGUGGGCAAAUUCUUGUACCAACCAACCGGUCUCGAGAUGCUCGAUACUUGCUGUCUACCAUCACCGAGUUUGGAGCAUUGCCUAGUGACAUGAAGUCGACUUUUACCCAGUAUGAGUUUGGUGUGAUGAUCGAGCAAGGCCCGGAGAAGUUUUUGCGAUCGCGUGUUGUGACGUUAGUUCCGCGAUAUUAUUUUAUCAAUACGUCCAGCAAGUUCGAAAUUCAUGUUCGGCAGGAGCGCUCAACCGACCCGAACGCAGUGGUUGUGCUGCUCCCAAAGGAAAGCAAAAUCUUCCACUGGAGCGAUUCACGAUUGCCACAUCGAGUUCAGGUUUGUUUCGUGCUACCUGAUAAGCGUCAGGACACUCACAACCCAGUCUCUUUUGUGAACUCGUCGCAAUGGACCGCCCCAUUCGAGCUGUCGUCAGUGGGUAAUUUCGUGCUUCGCGUGAAGUCGAAAGUCAGACCAGCACCACCGUGUCUUCCUGGGUGUUUCGAUGGAGGAACCUCGAGUCAGAAGCAAAUUGAAGAAGUUGAAGACGCGGACAUGCUGUGCGAUGAGGAUGAUGAGCACAACGACGCAGGGCGCAUGCUGACCGAGGGAAUUCAGCUGAACGUGGCAGUUGAGCUUCAUGACCCUUCCUUUUUGGUGUAUUUGGAGGAAAGCAGCCCGUCGGCUAACGUCUCGCCACCAUCAUUGUCUGAAUACGAAGCGAACCAUCGGAAGCAUAUGCUGAUCAAUAAGCAGAAAAAAGAAGAUGAAACCUUUGUGCCGUUCAAGAUCAAGAAUGAGUGCAGCAACUUGGCGCUGAUUGUGUGGCAGAAAACGCUUCUAAAAGAUGGCAAGGGAAACGUAACGAUCGGCUUUGAGGGUGGUGAUUCUGUGCUACCGUUUCAUUCGAUCGACUAUGUGCCAUUUCGCUUCUCUGCAUUCCCGACGGUGUUUGUCCAAGUCCAGAAGGUGGCUGGACUGGGCGUUAAAGCAUCGCGCAAAGAGCGCCCGUUACGUGGUCGUCACAGUGAUCGACUGGAUCGGAAGUCCUCGGCAGAGAGAAAGAAGAGUGGUUCAGCAGAAAGUGCGCUUUCUCGAGCAGCGACGUUGGAUCAAACCCACGUGGUUACAACUUUUGAGGUGCAAUUGAAAAAGCUCCAGUGUCUUCCAACAAUUGAUGUGUCUGAAGGCGCGACAAAGAAGCGAUUGUGGGCCGAAGUGUUGCUGGAUGAAACGACGAAAACUUUGCUGGUGACAGACAUGCUGCCAGGUUUCUCGGGUGAGCACAAGAGGCGACGACGCGCAAAUCUUCUUCGAAGUUGGAAGCGCUACAAUAACUCGAUUGUCUUUAUUUCGCAUGUGCUCUCGGCACAUGCAGCUCAUCUGGCAAACGGAUUAAAUGACGAUCUGGUACAGGGAGUGCGUGCAUCGAAAAAGUGUGUACGCUUUGCGACAGACAUUACGAAUGGUAGGGCCAAGCUCGGCAUGGAAGAGGAUACGAGUCAAAGAGAAACGAAACAAGACAAAGUAGCUGGCAGUAUCCCGUCAUCAGACGUCGAAGGGAAAGAGAUGGAAGCGCUGGCGCUUUGUGCUCGCCUCGUAGACGCUGCACAUCUUGAAGAAGUGUUUCUCCAAGCUGGGCGGAGCGACUUGACAUCGUGUCAGCCGUUCAUUACGUUCAAGUUGAAGACUGCAGAGCGAGAAGUUCGGACGAAGCUUACUCCCCAGUCUACGACGGUGUUUCCGCGUUGGCUGCCUGCACUACACUCAAAGACGACUUUGAGCACUUUGGUGUUAUUUGACGACGGUGAAAAAACCGAGGGGGAGUCGAACCACGAGUUUGGUGCUGACGUAGAGAUCAUUGUGGAGAUACGAGAAGCGGACAAAGUUCUCUUUGGCUCGUCUGUCGUUGCAGCUACACGUAUUCCGUUGCAGGAAUACUGUGCUGCUGCGAUGAUCUCUGCUAGAAGUGACGCAAACUACGAGGCACCAGUGGUCGAGUUUCUCGCGCCUGUGCACUUAUUUCAGACAGGUGGAGGACGGCCUCGCUCGUUAGGAAACGAAACACGAAUCCGCUUCCAGAUGUGUUGUCGACGAACAUCCACGGCUCGAAGUGCUACUUCUGAGCUCAAUGAAGGGGGGAGUGAGGAUCACGACGCGGUAAAGGAGAUAAAGGAUAUACUAUCUGCAUACCAGCUGAAGAAAGAACUGGACUUGUUGGUGGACUCUAAGUCGCAGCUUAAAAUGUUGCUCGAGCACGAAGCAGUUGAUACAUCGACCAGCGGCAGCAAUAUCCCAGCAGCGUUGCGCGCAGUGCCAGAUUGUUCGUCCGAAGAAGAGAAGAAGAGUAUGACUCUUUCACACUUCGUUGCUAGCAUAGAAGAUGAUUCUGGUGGCCCCCAUAGUCAAAGUGCCAACUCGACUCGGGGAUCGGCUCCCUCAGUGACUACAGAUGGAUCCGUAAGCGACGGUGCAUAUGAAGACAUGAUUGACGAAAAGCGGUUGACCGCAGUUCUGAUUGGCGUGUCAAAUCUGCAAAUUCCCACAGAGAUCAUUCGAAGCAAUUUCAAACACACGCAUCGAAAAAUCGAGCAGUUGGAGCCGAAGGUGUAUUGCACGAUCACGUACCAGAAGUCAACACGCUCGGCGUUGUCAGCAGUUGCUAAGGCUUCGAGCAUAGCAGCAUCAACAGAGCAGGAUAAGUCUGAUGACAGCAGAUCCGUAUCAUCUGGGGAGACAUCUACGGCAGAAUCGCCAAGCAAUCAUGCUCAUCUGCAGCGGGUCCGCACACACGAGUUCCUGCGAGGCCAGACACUAGGACUUGAUCUUGUUUAUCGAAAUGGACGCGUGCUCGUUCAAGGUGUAGUUUGCGACGGACCUUGCGGAGCUCUUGUUUACGAAGGUAAGAUCCGCAUUGGUGAUACGGUGGUCGCAGUCAACAAGAAAUCCAUCGUGAACCUUCAUCGCGACGCAUCAUUUGCAGUGAUUGAGAAGGCCAUGCAUUGGGGAGAAGGUAUUGGAAGCCAGAUUCAAAAUCAGGCGCCACGGUCGACAUUUACGUUGUCAUUUCUGUAUCAGCCCACGACGUCUCCGGCAUUUAGCAACGCGAGACCUCCGUGUGCGCAGCCUCUGUAUGAAGAAGCUGGCGUUCGGAAAUAUGAUGCCGAGUGGAAUCGAAGGGUGGAAUUUGUCGAAACGCCAAACACUAACUCCGCUGCGGAAUCGGGCGAAGAGCAGGUGCUUGUGCGCGUGUACUUGCGCAACGAAACAUCCGAUCAUGGUCUCUCGGCGUCACAGGAAUCUAGUAUCGUGCCGUUUCUGUACUUCUUUGGUGAUGACGCUAUGAUGGACCACCUUGAUCAUAGCAAGCAAGAUUCGCGUUUUGACGUACUUCUAGCGGAGUGCUGGGUACCUUUGCCGCCAUCUUCUCUCUCUGAUGCAGGAAAUCUGAUGUCGAUGCAAGGAAACCCGAUGGCUGAACCAUCCGCGCUUACGUUUAACGAAAGAAUCUGUGCGUUGUACUCGCCUCAGCAGCGUUCGCGGCAACACUCGGCAUUGGAAAUGAUCGGUCAACUGCGGCUCGCCUUGAAGUGGGAUUUCAUAAACCCGCUCCGUGCCGCUCAUCAGCAGCGAGAUCUUAGCCUCCAUUUUCAGCUAGAAGUAGCGCGCAUUUGCAUCUCGGUUGUCGAUGAUGGUGCAUGGAGUUCGAUGGCUUCAGCAACGGGUCCACAAGAGCCACGAGAGGUACUCUGCAUAUCUCUAUCCGACCAGAAUGCGUCAGCAGGCGUCCAGUUGAGCUAUGGUCAAAUAUCGGACGGCAAAAAAGUGAUAAAUGCCCGCAUUGGGCACUUCCAGAUCGAUAACCAGCUUCUAGACACCAACUACCCUGUUCUACUGCGUCCGAUUCGUCUGCUAGAUGCGCAAAUGCAAGAAGAAGGCUACACAAUGGCGCGUGGUGAAGGAGGAAAAGAGAGCGUUGAAAGUGGACAGGUGGAGACCCCAAUGCUAUUGCCGACGCUGCAGCUAAUGGCAGUCUUUAGCCAUCAGCCGAACGUGGUCCAAUUCGAUUACAUUUUCGGUCAGCUGCAAGAGUUAGAAAUCAAACUGGAAGACGCGACGUUCGUCGCGUUGGCGCAUGUCUUUUCUGGAGUGAAAUGGUCGCACACGGCUUCGGCUUCGCGCACGAGUAAGCAAAGCAAGCGCUCGGGCGAUGGAUUUGGCUCCAAUUUGGCACUCAAGCUCCUGGAGAUCGAAUGGUCGACGCCCACAUUGCUCUCCACUGCUGCAGGUAAACGCCUGGACAGCACAAAGAGUGGUGGAGGAGCGAACAUGAAGGUGCUUUUGCGAUGGCUUUUGCUUUGUCCUGUAAAGGUCAACGUAACGUUUACAAGUACUGCAGAUCGGUCGCUCUUGCUGUCACUGCUGUCGCCAGAUAUGUCAUCUGCGCUAAGCACGCUCAUCAGUGCAGCGGCGGCUCUUGUGUCAAACUUGGACCAAGCACCCAUCCGGAUACCGGAGUUCUAUGUUGAGAACUUGCUGGAGACAACACACACACUGGCGUUCUAUGCCAUGCAGCAUUACCUGCACCACGGUUUGCGCAGUUGGUAUAGCAUCAUGGGUUCGGUUGAUUUCUUGGGAAAUCCUAUCGGUCUUGUGAGCACGCUGGGCACCGGUGUGAAGGACUUCUUCUACACGCCAGCACAAAUGUUACUCGAGGACGAGAACGGCUUACGCAUUGACAACUUGCGAACUGGCAUGACGAAAGGCUCGAAAAGCUUGUUGCGGAACACAGCUGUAGGCAUCUUUCACACGACUGGCAAAAUCACUGAGACGCUUGGCAAAGGCGUCGCUUUGUUAGCGAUGGACGAGCAGUACUAUGUGCAGCGACAGCGUGCUUCCACACGGCAAAUCAAGAAGAUCAAUGACAUUGGUGACGCUAUCGCAGAAGGCAGCAAAGGGCUCGUGGGCGGCAUCUGGGAUGGAAUCAAAGGUGUAGUGGCUGCACCUGUGCGUGGUGCAGAACAAGACGGUGCGAGCGGAUUUGUCGUGGGUAUCGGCAAAGGCGUUGCGGGUUUGAUCGUGAAGCCCACGGCCGGUUUCUUGGACUUGCUUACCAGUCUUUCACGAGGAGCGAAGACAAGUGCACAGUCGUUGGAUGGUACCGACCGCAAUGCGUACGACGUCGUCACACGCUUCCGGUUGCCACGCCGUAUCUGCUCGGACGGAGUUCUCGUUUCCUAUAGCGAGCGAGAAGCCCGAGGAUACGCUGUGUUGCUGCUGACGCCGCUGGACGCUACGGACGACUAUGUGUACCAUGUGGACUAUGGCAUCGAGCCCCACCGUGGGCUUUUGUUACUCACAGACAAGCGCCUCAUUUGUUUGAGCGGCAAGACGGGCCAAAAGCUGUGGGAAAUAGCGCUGGACUCGACGCUUGCAAUCGUUGUCGAAGGCGCUACACUCAAGAUCGGCCAAAAUACGUCGCCGUCUCGGUCGUACAACAUUGAGUGCGACAGCGAGGUGGCGGCAACGAACUUUCAAGUAGCCGUGGAUUCAGCACGGGUAGAUGUAUCGGCCACAAGGUACUUGCUUCUGAAUCUUGAAAAGAGCCAGGAGGAGUCCCGGAUUGCUGGUGGCGGCCGCUUCAGCAGUGCGACGACAGGCAUAUUGGUCAACGAUGAAGAUCGCACGGAUCUGCAUGUGCUCAUGGAAAACGUGCAAGACACGACAGUCUCUGGAGUCUCGAACGAUGAUCUCCGCUCGCAGCCUCUACGUUCCGUGCGUGUCGAAGUGUGUCAUUUGCAGAACAAGGAUGCCCAUGCCAAUGUCCCGGACCGUGCAAUCGAUAAGCUGCUGUCAUUCAGCGUGUUCCUGAUUCAGGUGUACGGAGGACCUUACCAGUGGACGGUGUUCCGUCGAUUCAGCGAGUUCCGGGAGAUGUAUGCGAAGCUGGAAGGUGCAGGGUAUGUGCUAGAUGGUCUCCCUCUGCUACCGCCGCGAACGUUUCUCCCCAGUACGCGAGCUCCGGUGGCGAAGCAUCGGCAGGAGGCGCUGAACAUGUUCCUACAGGCGGCUAUCAUGCAUUCCGACAUCAGUCGCAGCGCAGCCAUGCUCGACUUUCUCACACGCGAAGCCCGCGAAGUGCGUGUGAGUUUGCCGCCUCUAUCACCUGCUGGCGAAAGAGAAGCACCGCAACGUGGAGACUCGCCGUGA